AUGGACCCCGCGGGGCCGCGCGCCGCCGCGGAUCCCGCCGGAUCGGGCGCGCCGCCGCUCCAGGAAUUCGACGGGAAGGGAGCGUCCGGCGGCGGGGCUGCGGAGGGGAGCGCGCCGCAGCCGGUGGUGGCUGGACUGGGAGAUCUGAGGGCAGGAAUUACGGAAUCUUCGGGUCAAGGCGAAGCAUGCUUGCAUCCAUGUAACCAGAAGGAUAUUCCUCAAUUGACUACUGAAGGUGCCACACAACAUGGAGAUAGAGUGUCUUUAUUGCUGCCCCAGGCUGGGUCACUUCAGCCAGAAGCUCCUUGUCUGACCUUGGGUCGUGAUCCCAAUGCAGUGUCAGUGGAGAAGCUGCACGGCGGUGAUUCUCUGUCAUGUGGUAAAGAGAACAUUGGGACAGAUCUCCAGCCUAAGCCUGAUGCAGAACAUGUUGAGAAUAGGAUGAGUGCUGCCCGCCUUGGAUUGGACCUUAACACAGUAGAUAGUUCUGAUGCAGCAGAGUUUAAUCCCUUCUUCCCCUACAAGAAGCUGGGGCAGUCGAAAGUCAGUGAUCCAUCGGAAUGCGGCAGCACUACUGGUGCUACAGAAGAGAGCGAGUCGCACAGAAAGUGGAGAGAAAUGAAACAGAAUGGCUUUCUUUCUUCAUCUCAUGGAAAGGCAGUGGUGCCUAGGCCACGUGGUCGACCCCCCAAAAGGAAAAGGGAUGAUGAAUUCAAGAAGAACACUUCCACACAGCAUAGCCAGGCUAACAAGUUUGUGAAGGUUGCUGCUCCUAGUGGCCUAUUAUCUGGGCUAAACCCUGGAAUCAUUAACCAUGUGAGAAACAGCAAGCAAGUUUACUCCAUAAUAAAGGCUAUGGUACACUCUGAGAGGCUUGAGAAUGAGAAUCAGCCUGCUUGUACUAGUCGAACAGGUGAAAGAGGGAAAGAAGUCAGUGAUAGAAUUCAGGAUCAGAAAUAUGGGGGUGGUUUCAUGAAAUGCCAUUUCAUGAUGAAAGAUAACAAUGCGAUGUUUCACCAAGCACUGCCUACCGCAUCACAGUUCCUUCCACAGGAUGAUGAUAAUCUUAAACUGCAACUCUCAUCAGCAGUCACUAUGUCGUCAGAUAGGACCUGUAGUACAUCAGCUGAUGAUCAUGCAUCUAAUCAUGAUUACAUGACUUUAUUGUCAGUAAAAGCGGCCAGUGUUGCUUCUCAGUGGUUGGAACUACUGCAUCAGGACAUAAGGGGGCGCCUUGCUGCUUUGAAGCGCAGCAGAAAGAGAGUCAGAAAUGCUCUUCACACGGAACUACCUUACCUGAUUUCAACAGAAUUUCCAUCUAAUCAAGAGAACGAAUCAUGUAUUGCGAAUACUUCUGAGGCUGGAUGUACUGACAAAGCAGUUUCAGAAGCACAUGCGGCACGAUGGAAGUCUCUCUUUGUUCAGAUGGACAGAGCACUUCAGGAGGAGGGUAAACACUUGGAGAACCGGUUGAAGCAAGUGCAGGAAAUGCAAUUGAAUUGUGAUAAAGGCCUCAAACACAUGACCUGUGAUGCUCCACCGCUUGGACCUAUGGCUGAAUUAUGGAAGCUGAAGAACCCGGACAUUUCUGAGAGCGAAUGGGCGGUGCAAGCCGCGGCUGCGUCAAUCUACUCGACGUGUAACAUGGUCAUGAGAACUGAAAACGUGCCUUGCUUCUGAUCUCCCAUUUGUAAUUUAGUUUCUUUCUUUGCUGAUCUUUACCACAAGAUUAGGUUCCCUUUCUUACCUUUAGCCUUGUGAUCCCUUGUUCAUUACAGUAGUGGUGAGUGCGGCAUGAUGUAACGUGAGAAAAACUUGUGAUGUAUGCUGUUCCCAACUUACGAUUUCACAGGCCCGUGAAAAUGACAGAUUCUUUUUUUAAUGGAGCAGAAUCUGCAGAUGCUA